UGCACCUGUUAUUAAAGGAGAAAAUACUGUUACACGACAUACGUGUAAAGUCACAGAGAAGGAUGCAUGGAGCCAGCGUGUUCAAGCCAAAUGAGAACCUCGUUCUGUUGGUUUAACGAUCCCCCUCUUGGCCAAGCGGGCCAGCAGAGCUGGAGGAAGAGGCAUCCUGAAAAACACGAGAUGCUGUCACAACAGUCACCUCGAACAUCUGUACAUGAGGUCAGUGGUUUCAUAAAUCCACAGCAAAGAUACAGAAAAUUUACUUGUUUCUCAUGUGUUCUGAUAUUUAAAGUAUACAGCCUCAAUUAUACACAACGGGGUUUAUCCCAAUAAACAAAACGUCUCUUUACUGCCAAAUUACGUACAAAAACGAGUUAAUUUAUAACAAAUAAACAUCUGAACAGAAACCUUUCAGAUAAAACAUUGUAAUGAAAUAUGGAGAACAUAAAGCUCCCAACAGCACACGCAGUAAAAGGCGUCGGGCUUUCAAUACAAUUUGAAUAAAUGCUGUUCUUACGUUUUCAGUUGAAGUUAUGUUCAACAUUUGAGUUGUGUUAUUUUUAAAGACUUUAACUACAGAUGUAGAAACAGUCUGACAUUCGUAAAAUCUGCAUUUAUUUGCACGAACAACAAACGUUUACCCGAAGGCUAACCCUGUUAGCAACCGCUGGAUGAUUAAAUCAACAAGCAGACUGCGUAAGUACUUCCAUGCCCGGAAGGAACGAAAAUCUGAACGUUUACGCUUCAAAACGGGAUCCGAACAGGAACAAGUUUACCUGAGAUAAAGAAAUUCACCCAAUAGCAGAGAAAAUGAUGUUAGCACCGCCAACGCACUAGUAGCGCCGGUCGCACGUGUAUGACGUCACAACGUCUAGACGAAAACAAACAUGGAGGAAUAUGUCCGCGAACCUUGCCCCUGGAGGAUUGUGGACGACUGUGGAGGAGCUUUCUCCAUGGGUGUCAUCGGUGGAGGGGUGUUCCAGGCCAUCAAGGGCUUCCGAAAUGCCCCUGCUGGUGUUGGACACAGACUAAGAGGAAGUGCAAAGGCAGUGAGAGUGAGGGCCCCACAGAUUGGAGGUAGCUUUGCCGUAUGGGGAGGUCUCUUCUCUACGAUUGACUGUGGCUUGGUUCGCCUGAGAGGGAAAGAAGACCCGUGGAACUCUAUAACAAGUGGUGCGCUGACUGGAGCCAUUCUAGCAGCACGCAGUGGGCCGUUGACCAUGAUGGGCUCGGCCAUGAUGGGCGGGGUUUUACUCGCUCUCAUAGAAGGUUUUGGCAUUCUCCUAACCAGAUACACAGCCCAGCAGUUUCAGAACCCCGUUCCCUUUGCAGAGGACCCCAGUCAGCUUCCUCCGAAGGACGGAGGGCCCCCCCCAUAGCCAGCAGCAGGGCCCAAAAGGGCUGUUCCAGUAGAGGGUUGAGUCCAGCUGUAGACCAGAGCAGCAAUGCCCUUAGGACUUGGCUGUAGAACCUCAGGGUCAGUGUUUAAAUGUUUACGUGCGAGAGUUGUCGCUGUCGUCUUUAUGCUUAAAUAUCUAGUUUGAGUUUCACAUAAAUGCUUUCAUUAUUCAUAAUGAUUUAAACACGUAUGUUUAAAACAUGGGGAGAACAUGUUUGGUCUCUUCUGGAGUCCGCGUGGAAACACGAGCUCUCAGCGUAAAACCCUCCUGUCUCCACUGUCUGGAUGAGCUGAUGUCGCUGGCCCGAGACUGCUGGCAGCCACACAGGCGGAGCGUGAAUGUGGACAGGGUCGUGUGGAGCUUAUUUACCGCAGUGAUGCUAAUUUUCUUGUUGUCUUAAUGUUCUUUGAUUUGACUCCAGAUUUAUUAAUGGACCCUUUGUAAAAUGGUCUCAUACUGCUGAAUGGACGAAGGUUCCAGACAUCAGCAGCAAGACGUCUGUUAUUAUUUUGGGACAAACGCUUGUUAGGACCUGUUCAGAAUGGCAGCAACACGAGACAAGGACAAUGAGAAUCCUUGGAAAUUCCCUCUUGAUUUGAAAAGGCGCCCCCAGCAGUCACAGAUAGCCCAGUGAGAGCCCAGAUGCACGCUCAUUCACAGCCGCGCUUGCAUCACGUUUGAGGAUCUCGCUAGAAGACUAGGUCUUUCCUGGAAGAGGUUUGCAGGAAGCUCAGCUCUUACUCGAGUUCCCACACGCUGGUCCUCCUGAACAUCUCUGCAGCCUUUUAAAGCUGCAGUUUGUUUGUGAAACCUAGUAAAAGACCAGUGGCUGAAGCCAGCAGUCAACACGCUCCUCUCCAAGACCUGCAUGGUGGGGAAACCAUUUGCUUGUUUUGUUUCUUCUGUAGGAAAAGUCUUCAGAAAAAGCCUGUAAGCGUAACUCUUACUGAUCAAACCACUCGUUUCCUCCGGAGCUGGUGUUGUAGAGUCCAGCAGGCUCAGAGGACACACGUAAUCAGGUGCAUUUGUGACAUUUUGUUCUGUGUGCUCAGCGGAUUUUACCCUGAAGAGUUUGUUUUUUCUUCUUCUUCUGUUUAAAUGUCAGCGGUGACAGUCACCGCUAACCAGAGCUAGUGCUUCGCUCCUGCUCUUAAGGUGGAAUUUGCGUUUCCACACGUGAGAUCUGUAACCGUUUGGUUAGAAAAGAAAUCAAAUAAGAUGUCAGCAAUGUAAAAAUGAAACGUUCUGAUGUGAGUUGGCUCACUCUGCUCUGGAACGGCUGCUGAUUUUCUUCCGAACUGUAAACAGAGACUAUGUUUAUUUUAUCUAAAUAUAUUUAUUGUACAAAUAUUUAAUGAACAAUAAAGUUCCAAUAUAUUAUUCGAUAA